AAACACAGUCUGAAAGCCAGGUGUGUACUGACCAACCAUUCAUACUGGGAUAUAGACAGUCCUGUGUUCUGCUUGUAGGAAUGCAGGAUUUUAACUUCUGUCAUAUUUUGUCAUUAGACAGUUUAAUUGGAUCAAUCACCAGCAUUCCAUGUAACAUUGAAUAAAUACAUUAGAUAAAUUACUUUGUUCAUUUAAUGGGCCAGUUUCCCGGACAAAGAUUAAGCCUAGUCUUGGACCUUAAAUAACUUUCUAUUGAAACUUCCAUUGAUCAUGCUUUAAGUCCAGCACUAGACUCAAUCUGUGUCCAGGAAACUGGCCCCAUAUGUAUAACUGACAUGCUUGUCCUUGUUCAGGACUCCACACACUGGCUUCCGAUUGAACCCUUGACUUCCACUGUCCAGGAAGUGACAAUGUUCAGGCACAGGACACCCAAAGGGCGUUAUGAGUGCACAGUGUCUGGGCUCCGCUGGGUGUGUGACAGAGAUGUCAUUCUGAAGUAUCACUUCAGGAACUGGGAUCCCUACAGUCAACUUCUGAAAGACAUGCAGUACGGACAAGGUGGUCCAUUGCUGGACAUCACUAUGGAGUUAGGUGAACUGGAGGAAGUUCAUCUGCCACACUUUGUCUGUUUAGGGACCAACCCUUCCCUGAGGAAUGAGAUGAAGAUUUUUCAUGUAGAGGAACAUGGAGUGUCUGUUGAGGAAGUGCAUGAGGUCACCAGAUUCCAUGCUAAGAUUCUCCAUCCCAAGUUCUCAGUUAUCUCUGUUAUACUGAGCUAUAUCUUUUCGUGGAACAUAGAUGUCCACUGUGAGCUGAUGCUCUAUCUGUCAGUGAAAAAGCAAACACUAAUUCCACGCCUAUACCUGUUCCCCAGUAACCCCAGCCAAAUACAGGCUGUGGAACAACAGGAAAAGUCUCAAGGGUCUUCAAGGGUUCUCAUCUCAAGACCAGAGCAGGCCUUCAAACUGAAUAGUUUCUUCAGACUGAACAUUCCCUGUUCUACCGCCAUCAAUCCACCAGUACAGUUUUAGUAGACUAAGAACAUGA